AAACUAAUAGACAAAACGCACAACUUAGAACAUACAAGUAAAUUAUAUUAGUACUGCCUACUGUUAAUGUCACAAGCUGUUUCUCCCUUUGCCACCAAAGCUCUCAUCAAUGGCGAUUCCGAGAAUCCCUCUUAUGUUGUCGAUGAUGGUGAUGCUGCUGGUCUUCGCAGAGUCGGGCGACAAUAACCGUGUGUUCUCGCCCUGCGCCGACACCACUGUCCAGAAAUCCGACGGCUUCACCUUUGGAAUCGCGUUCGCGUCACGGGAUAAGUUCUCCUACAACAACACUUUGCUCUCUCCCUGCGACCGCAGACUCGCUCUCUCCUCGCAAAACUCUCAGAUCGCGGCCUUCAGGCCGAAGGUCGAUGAGAUCUCCCUCCUCUCCAUCAACACCACCUCCAGUUUCUUCCCGGCUAAUUAUGGUGGAUAUAUGGUUGCGUUUGCGGGUCGAAAAUAUGCUGCAAGGUCCUCGCUCGCUUUUGUUUCCAACUCUACAUACACUGUAACCAGCUUCACUCUUGUACUAGAAUUCAAAAAGGGUAGGCUGCAGAAUUUGUAUUGGAAAAGGGAUGGCUGCUCAGCAUGUUCCGGAGACAAUAAAUUUGUUUGCCUCAACAAUCAGGACUGUGCAAUCAAAACAACUGACUGUAAAGGGCAAGGGCAAGGGGCCUCUGUAGAUUGUAGUCUUGGGAUACAGUUGGCAUUCUCAGGGACAGAUAAGCACUAUUCAGUUCUCAACUCUUGGUAUGAAGUAAAAAACCUUCGUCAGUACUCCCUCUAUGGCCUUUAUGCAAAUCUUGCCGAUUCCCUCACGAGCCAGUAUAACAAGAUCUUCUAACCCCUUCACGUGCUUUGUAAAUUUUUUCCUACCAGAUAUGUUGUAAUGUGCCUCUAUUUUUUUUUUCUCUUCUUUUCCUGAUUUCUGUUUGGCAUUUGAUCUCUCUUUCUGUAUGUCGACACCUGAGGGUUAAAGUUGAGUUAUAGUGUGAUUGUGAAACACGAUUUUAUUCCCAUUCUGAUACGAAACUUCCAGUAUUUUGGCAAA